AUGUACUGCCCUUCACCUUCUUCAGACUUGAGCGAUAAUCAGGACGUGCGCCCUUAUUUACCAAGGUCUGUCAAGCUUGUUCCCGACCUCGCUAGCCGGCUGGAGCAGAUGGUCGACCGAGGCGUGGUCGCCCUCGAAGCAAAUGCAGAGGCCCACGAGCCUGGCAGCUCGUCAGUUCUCUUGCCCAACACGUUUGACAAGAUCAAGCGAGAAUUUGAGGCGUCUUGGGAAGCCGUCAGCUCCUACGCUAAGUCCGAACUUGUGCAUCUCAUGUUACUUCAGCUUCGCGCCGUCUCGAACCUCGACGAGCCUCUGCAUGCCCUGGCCGGUCGUCCCGCACCCGAACCGAUCUUUUCGACGACUCAGCGAGACACCGUCCCAGCCGGCGGCGGCACGAUCCACGGCGUUGACGUCAAACUGCGACUUCGGUUGGAUCUGGUCCUGCGUCGAGGGAGGGAGACCAAGGACGACAAGACGGGCGUCAUCGUUUCAAGCGAGAUCAAGACGCCUCAAGCGACCGAGCCCGACGGCAUCUAUGAGGCGACGCUCAGCACGAUCGCGUCGCACGACGGGGUUCUCAGUCGGGCCGCGCUGAAGAAGCUGGGCGAAAGGAGGCGCACCAAGGCUCAGUAUUCUCUGCUUAUGAAGCAAAUCUCGGCCGCUCGCAUCUUCCGGAACGACAUCACCUUCUGGUCCGACAGCUAUCAGUGGUUCAUCGCAGCCCUCGUCAACGACGAACCAAACGAGGACUUCGAUGUUCUGCUCAGUCCCCUGCACCGACAUGUCCCGCAGGUCCUCGGCGACCCGUCCUACCUCAAGCUGCACCUUUUCGCUUUGCUUCCGGACCUGUAUGAGCCGGACCGGCUUCGCUCGCUCGUUCCGUCGAACGAAGUCCUUGCGACUAUGGAGAGCAGUCGCUCCGCUGCGGAUCCAGAUUUCAUCGAGAGGAUGCCAACACGCAGUUCCGGGAAGACCUUGUCGAGCGGUGCCAAGAGGGGCCUUUUCUCCCUCUCGGACAAGGUAAUUGCUUUCGCCUACCCCAACGACCUCGUCGAGGUUGGCCGAGUAAUCGGACAAGAUGGCUCGCACACGUCUAUUGACGAGACAGCGCCGCCAGACAGCGUCGGUGAAGGCUCCGACAUGUCGAACGAAGCGCCUGAAGAGGACGACUUGCUCUUCCUGGAGGACUGUGCGGUCGAUAUCGAACUUGACAGUCUCGUCGGAGAAGGCAAGGUCGGCCUCGUGUACCGCGGGCUUGACAACCACACACAAGGUUCGGUCGUUCUCAAGCUCGCCAAGCCUGAAAUGGAGGACUACCUCAAGCACGAGGUCAAAUUUGGUCGGCUCUUGCACAACUACACCGACUCGCUCAUCGCGGCGUGCGACCUUUACGCAACGGCGGAAGGCCGUCUCUUUACCGUAAUGGUCGACGGAGGCACUUCCCCAUCGUGUGCGGCGGACUUGACGCUGCCUGCUCGGCUCGACCUCAUCGAGUCUCUCGCACGGCUUCACUGCGGCGGAUUCGAACACGGUGAUGUCGCGCUCAGGAACAUCGUGGUCGACAACGUCGGCAAGGCUCGCUGGAUCGACUUGUCAGCAGCGUCUCUCGAGCAUCGGUGUGAAGUAUUGGAGUGCGACGAGAUGGCGGAAGCUAUCGCACUGCUUGAGCUGGAGGACUACGACGACGAAGUUUGCUCGAUUCUGCAGGACCAAGGCUUGCUCGAAUAG